AUGAUCGUGUGUGCUAACCUGCUCACCGCUGACCUGAGGUGUUUAUUUCCUGUGUGCAGCUGCCCCCCGCCUAAGGAGUGCUGCGCGCAAGGCUGCUGUGCCUACAGACCACCCCUGCCCCUGCCGCCUGCCACGAGCUUCGUCUUCUGGAACCACUGGUACUUUGGCGACGCGGGCGCCCCUAGCGGCUCCCUGCGCAGCUCGGCCGGCUCCUGCUGCCCCCCACCACACUACAGCCGCUGCUCCUCGCUGCACCGCGCGCCACCUCCAUACACUGAGGUGACAUCAAAGCCUGACUUAUACCCUCUGGUGAUCAGCUAUGGUGAUGCUCCCAAAGGCAGUGUGGGCAACAGCUACCUCAUGGUCCAGUAUUUUCGCAACUAUAUAGUGCGACCUGUAGGUUCUCUGUCAGCAGCAAGCACUGCAGAUUCCUUAAGUUCCAGUUUCCUGUGCAGUGCUGCAAAUGAGGCGAAUACGGCAGUGCCACCGCCCUACUCUUCUGCGGGCAGCCUGGACGGCUUGACGUCGGCGUCGGGUCCCGCGGGGGCGGCGGAUAUGGCGGGCGUUCCCGUGACGGUCAGCCCAGAGGCGGACCGGCGCGCCCCCUCCGCCUCCUCCUCCGCCACCGCCUCCGACGUGAGCAGCCUGGCGGGGUCCGGGUCUCCGGGAUCGCCGCCGCGCGCUACCAGCCCCACG